UCCCGCGGGAGCACAUGAAACUUGGCCCCCUUUUUUCUUUCUCUUUUUCUCUCUCUCUAUGUCAGGGGAAUGCCCUUUUUAUGUCUAUAUUUGCCUCUCUCAAAACUUUCUGUGCAAUAAAUUGGACUCAAGAAUUUCACUUUAGAGAGCCCUUUCCCUUCUCUUUCUUAAUAAUAUUCUUUUCUGAUUUUGUUGUGGCAUUUGAAUGAUUCUAGUUUGGGGAAAACUUGUCGGGCUCUUGUGUUUUAAUGUAUAUGGACUUGUUGACAUAUACUUAUUUGAUUUACUUUUAAAUUUUUUUUGUGCAGUUUAAUAUUUGAUUGCACUCUCUCUGUCUCUCUUCAUUUUUGUUUUUUAAUUUGGGUCCUUUUUUUUUUUUUUACCACUGUGGUAUUUGUUGUCGUGUUAGACAGAGCUUGGCCAUAUGAAUUGGUUUAUCGCUGUUUUUUGUGCGAUUUUUGCUUUGUUAGUCUAUUACAGAAAACCCCACCUCUCUGUUCCUACAAUGGCGGAGGAUAGAACCCAACAGCCCAACUCACUCUAUGAUUUCACUGUCAAGGAUAUCCGCGGAAAUGAAGUUUGCAUGAGCAAUUACAGAGGAAAAGUGCUUUUAAUUGUCAAUGUUGCUUCUAAAUGUGGGUUCACAAAUUCAAAUUACAAGGAGUUGAAUGUUUUGUAUCAAAACUACAAACAUCAAGGCCUUGAAAUCUUGGCCUUCCCAUGCAACCAAUUUGCAGGACAAGAACCAGGAACAAAUGAGGAGAUUGAGGAAGUAGCCUGCACAAUCUUCAAAGCGGAAUUUCCCAUCUUUGAAAAGAUUGAAGUGAAUGGUAAGAAUGCAGCUCCAAUUUACAAGUUUUUGAAAUCACAAAAAGGUGGGAUAUUUGGGGAUGGCAUCAAAUGGAACUUCACCAAGUUCUUGGUCGACACAAAUGGCAAGGUCAUCGAGAGAUAUGCUCCCACCACUUCCCCCUUGAAAAUCGAGAAAGAUAUACAGAACCUGUUGGGUGUUUCCUCGUGAUCCUGUUACGUUACGCCUUAAGAUAAAGUAAAUGGACUUGUUAAUGACAAGAAGGAUGCAUUUUUUCUUUUCUUUUUUUUUUUCCUGUUUGUUUGUAGACAUGAAACUAUGGACUCAUUUUGCAUUUUGCAUUUCCCACAUGAAUUUCUUUUCUGAUCUUUGAAUUGUUUUCCAUAAUACUUGUCCUAAGGCUUUCUCAGUUUUUA